UUGUGACGUCACAAGAGUGACAGCUGACAGUUUAUGCAUUUCUUGGAGUCGCGAUGAAGCGACGUAAAUGUUAAAAAAAAAAUUAUUUUUAUACAACGAGAGACGAAAUUUUACCCUUAUGAAAAAAUGUACGAUAUAUGUCAUCCUAGUUAUUAUCACUUGUGCAAACUCGGCUGCAAUGAUCCUGUGAAAACAAGCACUGCUUUUUACGUUUACAUUGAAUUGUGCGAAGCGAAAAGAUUCUGGGAUGUCAAAUAUAAGUAUAAGGAGGAACUUGAUUUGUUCUACUUCGAGGUGAGAAAAAGGGAGCACUCUCCGCUAGAAAUCUAUAUACCUUGGCCAACCAAGUAUAAUAUAACCAUCGAUAAGAUUGAGAAGAUGCAACAGACAUUGCAAAAUGAACGAUUGACAUUUGUAUUAAAAUCUGAGGAUAGUAGCAGCGUUUUAUAUACAAUAAGUGCUGGUCUUGUAAAACCGGCCACUCCAGAAGCAACUAAGCAGUUGAAGGAAAGAGAAGAGAAGAAAUAUAACUUGGAGACGGAAAUCCGAAGAAAUACGUCGCAUUUAUAUGAAUUGGCAAAAACUAUAGUUCAUGAAACAAAGGAUCAAAAUUCCGGUCCAGCUGUAGAAUCUUCGAAUACAGAUUCCAGUCUGGAGAUAUUAUGAUACUUUUUCUAUAUGCAAUAUUGAAUUUUGACAUAAUAUGUAUUACUGUCAUAUGCUUAUUGUAUUACUGUGCUUUCUUAAUUGUGAUAAUGUCAUAUACGAAUUAAUUACAUUUUCUUAAGGUUUUUCUCUUUUUCUCUGAGAAACACAAGGAAUAUAUAUAUUAUAGAAAAUAUAUAUAAUUCUCAUGUUUAUUGUGUAAUAAACAACUAAAUGUGACGAUAAAAGAGGGUGUAAAUAAAAAGUAGAUGAAAAAAAUAUUAUUUAGUUUUUAUUUUUUUAAAGUAAUUUUCACAUAUAUGCGCGCGUAUAAUGCAGAUUUUGAGAAUACUUCUAAGGAUUGCAUGUAAUUGUUUAAUAAAAUGAUAUGUGUGUAAUAAGCUGCCACUGCAAAUA